UACAUCGGGAAUGUUGUUGUUGUAACUUGUGAACGUUAUGAUAAGUUAAUUAAGCUUGUCUGAGUUGUGUUAGGGUUGUAGCUCACGACGGAGAGGGAGCAAAAUGCCGAGAUGGAGGGAAUUGAAUACAGCACCGAGCCAUUUGAGAGCUUAUAUGAAGUGUACGAGGAGAUAGGAAGUGGGCAAUUUGCAGUAGUCAGACGAUGCAUAGAGAAGGAAACACGCACGGAAUACGCAGCAAAAUAUAUUAGAAAACGCCGAGUGGCAAACUCAAGACGAGGUCUACCACUUGAGUCUAUUGCACGGGAAGUGAGGGUAUUGCAGAAGCUGCACAACCACCAGAAUAUCAUUUCCCUGUAUCGUGUUUUUGACAAUGGGCAACAUGUCAUACUGGUUCUGGAACUGGUGCGGGGUGGAGAGCUGUUUGAACACAUCAGCGAGCGUGAGAGACUGUCAGAGGAAGAGGCUGCUGCAUUUAUGCGGCAGAUCCUCCAAGGGGUGACACAUAUGCAUGCAAACAACAUUGCUCAUCUAGAUUUAAAGCCAGAAAAUGUGUUGCUGCUGAGUAAGAACCGACAGCACAUUAAACUCAUUGACUUUGGCCUGUCAAGAAUGAUUACAGAAGCUGAGGAAGUUCGAGAUCUUAUGGGUACCGCUGAGUUCAUGGCCCCAGAGAUUGUCAACUAUGAGCCGCUGUGCCUUGCCACAGACAUGUGGGCCAUUGGGGUGAUAACAUAUAUCUUGUUGUCAGGGGCUUCACCUUUUCUUGGUGAUUCACAACAGGAAACAUAUAACAACAUCACUGCAGUAGAUUUUGCAUUUGACGAUGAAGAUUUUUCUGGGACGUCUGACCUUGCAAAGGAUUUCAUUAGCCAGUUAUUGAUAAAAGAUCCAAGACGUCGAAUGUCAGCUGAACAGAGCCUUGCCCACCCCUGGAUGGCGCCGCAGUCAAAGGAACAGGAAAUUGAGCGGCGUGACGCACAAACAAACAUGGAUAACUUUAAGUCAUACCAGGCUAGACGCAGGUGGAAGCAUUCCCUAAAAGUGGUGACUCUCUGCAAUCGCCUCUCAAGAAGUGCCAAGCUACGGAGUCAGAGUGCUGAACUUCUAGAUGCCAAAUCAAGUGCCAUAACAUUGCAGGAGGACCAGGAUGCCAGCUUUGUACUCUCUGCUCUUGUGGCAGCUGUGGAGGAGGGGAACUUGCCUGGCCUGGAAGAGCUGUUCAACAUGGCGCAAAACAUAGAUGUCAACAUGGCCAACAAGCAUGGUGAAAGUGCAAUCCAUCUAGCAUGUGGCCUGGGGCAGUUAGAAGCAGUGCAGUUCCUUGUCAAGAAAGGUGGUGAUUUGAAUGCCACUGAUGCCCAAGGUGACACCCCUCUACACUGGGCUGCUCGUCAGGGCCACGCACAAGUCAUUGCAUAUCUCAUUGAACAAGGAUCACAAAUAAACGCACAAAACAAAAAUGGAGAGUCGUGUCUCCAUGUGGCAUGCCGUUAUGGUCACACAGUUGUCGUUCAAAACCUGUGCCUUUGUAAUAUGAAUAUUGAUUUACAGGAUGAACAUGGGGAGACAGCGCUACACAUCGCAGUUUGGCACGGCUUCCCACGCAUUGUCCACCACCUGUGCUCAGCAGCAGCUAAUACGGAACUCACAGAUAAGGAAAAUCAGACACCCCUCCAUGUGGCAAGUGGGCGAGGUCAUGUAGAGUGCGUGCGGGGGUUGGUAGGUGCCGGUGCCUGUGUUGAUUGUCAGGAUGCCCAUGGUGCAACGCCUCUGCACCAUUCCCUUGCACGGCACCACACUCAGGCUGCUAUGAUUCUCCUCCAUGCUGGUGCAAAUACUGAUAUAACUGAUGAUCUGGGGGAGACUCCAAUUCACAUAGUGGCGAGGGAAGGUCUCCUUGCUCUGGCUCAGACUUUGUGUGCCUUUGGCUGUAGUGUUGAUGUUUCAAACAAAGCUGGCCUGUAUCCCCUUCACCUUGCAGCUAAGCAUGGACACACAGAGCUUGUUAGGUGCUUGUGCUUGGCUGGGUGCACAGUGGAGCAGAAGAGCCGAGAUGGAAUUCUGGCCGAGGUGUCUGCAAUGGCCCAAGGUUAUGAUGAUAUUGCAGAUCUCCUAAACAAGCUCAGAGGGGAACAACAGCGGGAGGAAUACAUCCAGCAGCUCAUUCCAAGUCCAUCCCCUAUUCAGCGAAUUAAGGUGAAGAUCCUUGGACACUCGGGCUCAGGGAAGAGUGCACUCGUUGAGACGCUUAAGACAGGAUACUUCUCGUCAUUUUUCCGAAGAAGCAAAAGCAAUGCAUCUUCAACUUCUUUAGGGUCGGCUGGGAAGAGUACUUCUGCAAUGAAAGGCCAUUUUGAGAUGGAGUCCCCAGUGAGCUCACGGCAAAACUCUCUUACCUUUGAACCUUGUGAAAACUACACAAGAGGGAUAGAUGUGCAACAAGUCAAUAUUUCAGGUGUAGGAGAACUGUCCUUAUGGGAAUUUUCUGGCCAUGAGGCAUAUUUCCCUGUUUAUGAUCAUUUUAUUGGCAACACUUCCUGUGUUCAUCUCAUUGUGUUCCCACUGAACCAACCAUUUGAUGUCCAGCUACAACAGUGUUCUUUUUGGAUGUCUUUCCUGCAAGCACGCAUUCCUCCUAUGGAACCCCUUAAUGUACGAGGGAAACCUAGUAAGGCAGCCAAGGUGGCCCUAAUUGGCACUCAUGCUGAUGUGGCCCAGUGUCAUCGUAAUGCCCAAGGGGAAUAUAUUGCUCCUCAAGUGCAUCUACUACAGGAAAAGCUGCUUGACCUCUUUGGUGAUGUGUUUGAGGUCCAUGAUACUGUGUAUGUGAUGGAUGCAACUGCACCUGGAUCAGCUGCCUGUCGUGCUCUCAAACAGUAUCUUGCAGAUUGUAAGGCCAAGGUCACUCAGGGCUGGAGUGGAGCCAGUGUGGCGUAUGCUGUGGGGGCAGCUGUUAGCGGUGACGGGUAUACGAUCCUGCAGCCUGAUGCGUGCGAGGGUGUACCAAAGGUGACAGGUUUCUUAGGAGCUGUGGUGAGUACCCUGGCAGAUUGGCGUGCUUCUCUGGGAGAAUUUCCUGUGGUGUCUUGGCCGCAGUUUGUGGAUGUGACUCACCAGCGUGUCAAUCCUCUGGCUGGGGAAGAACACUUGAGAGAGGUUGUGCAACAGCUUCAGUUAAUGGGUGAGGUGGUGUACCUCAAGGCAGAAGCUCAGGACCUUGUUGUUUUGGAUCCAUCUUGGCUCACACAUCACCAGCUGGGGCAUCUCCUAUCAACACAGUAUGCUCAGCAUGCUCGUGUUACAGGAUGUUACACUGUUGAUGAUUUCCAAAUGAGUUUCCCAGAGUGUGAUGCAUUGGAUCUGCUACAAGUUCUUGAAGCUUUGCACCUGUGCACACAGUGUGACAAUGAUGGUGAAAUAGAAUAUGAAUUUCCCUGCUUCAACCAAGUGGAAACCCUCGAUGGCUUGUGGGAGAAAGGAGAUCCUCGAUAUACCAAUGGAGUUUAUGGUGGGGUGCGGCUGAGGUCACCAGCACCCACACAAUACAUUCUUCCACCUAUCUACAUUAGAAUGCAGGUACAGCUAAGAAGAUCCUGGCAAGAAUACCCAGAGCGAGACACAGACUUGUACCAAUGGUGUGGGGGGUCAAAGUUCUGUUCUGGACCCUUAGAAGCUCUUCUUACCCUAGAGGAAGGAGGCGAGGCAGUCGAGGUUAAAGUCAGGGGUCCACCGGAGGCAGGCCAUGUAGCCUUCUUCUUCAUGGAGGACCUUUUAGCCAUGAUCGAUCAGGUGCUAGUUGAGAUGUGUCCAGGGCUGGUUUUGGAGAAGCAUGUCCUCAGUGCUGAACAGUUGAGCUCUCAUGCUUCAACAGUGUAUGCUUGGCCACCAGCUGACAUAUAUACUGCCUUACUCAGUGGAGGAGUCCGUGCUUCACUCCAAAACCCUCUCACUGACAAGGAGGAGUCAUUCACCCAACUUGUUUGCUUUGGAUCACAGGAAGUUGUGUCAAGCAUUGUGGUGGGUGGUGAGGUACACAUCUCCAGCCUGUGCACGGUGACUGUCCAGCGUUUGGCUGCGCUCAUGGACCCUGCACAUCCUCGAGGCUCUGACUGGUGUGUUCUUGCUGUCAAAUUGGGUUUGCAACAGCUGUUGCCAUCCCUUGAUACCCAGAGUAGUUCUGCUCAGCAUUCCUCAACAGCAACUCUGUUACAUUCUUGGGGACAGUCAACUACUGCUACUUUAGGCACUCUAGUGAAAGAGCUUAGAGGGAUGGAGCGUGAAGAUGCAGCUGUAGCAGUUAUGUGUGGUGCCCCCCUGUACCAGCUAGCUCCCCCUGAUGAGGACACAACAUCAGACUCACCGCCUAUUUCUUCCACCUCAGCUACCUCCACUUCCAAUCUCUCCAGAUGAGCACGGACACCACAGGAGUCAUAAGGGUUAAAUUGGUUCCAGAUCAGGAUUGAAGAAAGUCAGUGAUGUGUAAUUUCAAUGGCUAAAGAGUUACUUCCCCAAAACAAGCAAACAAUUAAGUGUACACAAAACAAACAGAUUUUUGAAUGUCUUGUGAUAUUUACAUUUCCUGUCGUGCAUAAUGUUUUACAUAGUGUUAAUUAACUUUUCCCUAAGCUUCCCCCUUACCCCAAGGCUCCUGUGUUUUUAAUGCUAUCAGCACAAAUAUUUAAUAGGUAAUAGAAUGACCUUUUAUGCAAGUGAAGUUCCAGUAACUAAAAUAAGUUGUUAAGAAACUUGCAUCAUCUUGAAUAAGAAAAGGCUAGUUAUCCUUCAAAACCUUUUUCUUUAUUUUGUUGUGAUAGUCACAUCUUUGAUAACUGAUAAAUUCUUGCUGAAGUCUUAUAAAAAGUGCCAAGUCACCAUUAUGAUAUGUGAUCAUGGCUACAUACCUUUAUGACAGGCUUAGAACUAAACAUUUUUCUUCCUCUCAAAAAUUGUAGUUUGGUGUUCUAACUCCAUGUGAUAAUGUAUUUUGUAGGUUAUGAUACUCCUAAAAUCACAGGAUCUGCCCUUCUUUUGAUGAGGUGUUGAUGAAAUAAAAUAAUCAGGUGAAAUUGACUUAGUCCUGUAACACACUCAACUCUACAUUUUACUUCAUAUUGUGUAGCAUUUGUUGUAAGAUAGAAAUCACCAUUUGUGCUAUAUAAAGCUGUGAAUGCUUUAGUCUUAAUUGUAGUAUUUGCAUGAGUCAAAACAAAAUUUUAUUUAUAUAUUCUUUUUGUAUGAAAUGCUUGAAGUUUUUUUUUCGAUGAAUAAAUGGAAAUGAAUUGCUUUGUUAUAUAGAGGUAGGAUAUAUACCACUUUGGGUGUCAUUCCAAUGUAUUAUUAAGUUUUAUGUUUUAGAUUGUUAUUAUUGGUGUAGGUGCAUUUAAUUACACCCUCAAAUAAGAAAACACUGGAAACCCUUGAUAGUUGGCCAGCAUAGCCUUACCAGUCUUGCACAAAGCUACUAGUAUUACUAUGUAGUUGCUUUUUAUAUGGACCCUAGUGGCUGGCUGCUAGUCCUCUGCCAACCCUUUCAUGGGAAUGAUAUGCAGUGUUGUUGGAAAUAGUCAGGAUCCCUCUUUCCCCAAAGGUCUAAUGUCCUUUCUGCCUGGAUGAUAAUCUCAGAUAACUACCACUAACAAUAAUGUAGGAAGUUCCUACCAUAGAACUGAGGAAUGAUUAAAUUUUGAUAUGUGAUAGGUCCAAAAAUCAGAAGAUUAAAGAAAUAAUCCCAAUGAUUGAUUAGCAGAACAUAGAAUCAAACUCUAUUCAUCUGUAUUUGAUGAGUAGGUAGGAUAAUUAGCAAAACAGUAAUCAGGAUACAGAACAGUAGUAAUAUUAGGAAGUAUAGGGGGUACGUGUAUUGAAGUUUGUGAAGGAAUAUCAGAAAUCAAGAUUUUUAUUUACCAUUAUUUUUUCUCAUACUGAUGACAGUUUUUUUCUACUUUUACUAGCAAUGGUUUAAAGUGUAUAGCAGUUUACUUCUUUGUUCUUUGGAGCAAGACCCUUUUGGCUGUGUAUAAAGUAUGCUCAUGUCUUUUUGUUAAUAAUUUCCACUAUUUUUAUUGAUUAGAUUAUGUUCAUUAUAUCUGAAUUCACUAGUUUAAAAGGUACUCUCCAAUUUAUUAUUAAAAAUGACAGGUUUUAAUUACUCAGAUUGUAUAUAUUAUCAUAUUCUCUGAUGCUGAGAAACCACAAGUAAGGUGGUGGUAUGUAAACACAACUCAAUUUGUUAAUGGAAACAUUAAGGUAGUUUUAAAUGUUUCAGUCUUUUUAAAUAUGCUUUUGAGUUUGUGUUUGUGGGUAGUUAUACCAUUGUUAUUGUUGAGCUGAAGUAUAUUAUUGCAUUGAAUAUUGUUUCAUGAAAAUGCAUUUGUAUAUUGUUUUAACACUGUAGAUAUUUGGGGCUAUGAUUACAAUAUACUGUAAGUAGAUGUGUUAUACCACAAAAAGUAACCAUAUAUCCUAGAUAAUAUUUGUAUGACUUUUCAGAUCUUCAUUCUGUCAGAAAAAAUGCAACAACUGUAGGCAGAAUAUGCAGUUUUGGCACUGAUCAGUUUUCUAAUGCAACGAUAAUCUUCAUGUUCAGAUUUUUUCUUUGGAAAUUUAACAUUUUGUGAUAGACAAUUUUCACUUUUCAUUUAAUUUGGUAUGUGAUAAAGAUCAUACAAGAUUUUAAAUCAUAUGAUCAAAAUGAAAGAAGGAAGUAACUUAUGAAUGUAUAUUUUUUCUCCUGAAUGACAAACCACAGAAAAAUGUACUUAAUGAUUGAAGUUGCUUGGAAAAGGGUGAAUGUGAGUUUUGUUUUGUGAGACAAAGGGCACAUUGCAUGCCUGAGAUGAGGAUGCUACAUUUCUUUGUGAUGUUUUAUGUUUUUUUUUUAAAGUACUUGUAUCUUGUUUUCCUUGUGCCCAAAAAACAGUUAGGGAAAAGUCACUAACACAUUUCCCUUUGUAAUUUUUUUAAUUUUUUUUUAUUUUUUUAUUUAGGUAACUUUAGGUGUAAUACUGUGGUAAAAAGGCUGUUGCUUUUAAAGUGCUGUGAGAAUCUGACUAAGAUUUAAGUGUGAAUCAAAAUCACAUGAUGGAUGCUGUAGAAUAAUCAUAUCAAAAAGUAUUAGUUUCCAUUGCUUGUUGACAUUCCAUUAUAUUAGAGUGGUGCGGUUGUCUCUUCAUAGUUGCGUGUGUGGGUGCCAUAUGCACAUAUUUAUUGCUUUUAUACACAUACAUAUUAAAAGAAAAUUCAAGCA